AAUUUGCAUUGCUAAACUGUCUGAACAGCUGGAAGAGGGAGGUAGCGGGGGGGGGAUAGAACAUACCGUUUUGAAAUACAUUCCCCGUACUGUUGGUCCAUAUCGAGGCUUUGGGUCGACGGACAGCUGUUAAUYAAAUCCUAGUUUUUGCAGUAAAGGCGCAGAGUCAGCGGUGGUGUGACUUGCGAGAGUAGCCCACCAUAUGCGUCCUUGGAUUUCCCCCUUCGCAACAGUAGCUAGGGGGAUCAACAGGUUUCUUGUACCGAAGUAUCCACUSGUCGUCUUGAGUCGAUCAACGGGAUCCAUAGACUAUGCUUUUUGACACGAGUGGCUUGAAUGUCCUGAUUUACGCAAGAAUGUUGACUGUUCUGGUGUUGGCUUUAUGUUGCGUCCACUCCGGAAAUGGGCAGACCUGCACAGAGGGGUUCGCCUAUGACCGCAUAGCAAGAGUAUGUGUUGACAUUGAUGAGUGUCGUACGGUACCAGACACCUGCAGAGGGGACAUGCAGUGUGUGAACCAGAACGGAGGUUAUCUCUGUGUCCCCGGGGCUGUACAGACAGCCUACCUACCCCCGGGGUGGAGGAGGGGAGCCCGCCUACCCGGACACCUCGCUGGGGUUCCCAGACCCCAACCCUCUACACCCCCUCCAGGCCCCCCGUGGCUCCCAGCUACCCCGUCGUAAACCGCUCCACUCCCUGCCUCUGGGAUACACCCUGGCAGAAGAUGGGACCU